GUGACGUCACACUGUCGCCGUGGCUCCGUGCUGUUGAAAAGGCUGAGGAAAGAUCUGGAACUUCAUGCCUGCACAGCGAUCUUGAGUCACAUCUCCAGUGAAGUCAAGCAGGAAAAGCUCUCUGUGAAGAUGGAGUUUAUUAAAGUGGAGAUCGGGGACGUGGAUGAUCCUGAACCAUACAGAAUACUAAAUGAUGGUACUGAGGAACAAAGAGAUCUGAUGGAAGUGAAAGAGGAAAGUCAAGAACCGAAUGAAGUGGAAGAGAAAUAUCAGUAUCAAGAAUCUGAGACUUUCUUAACUGGAGAACAAUCUUUUAGCUGCUCUGAGUCUGACAAUAAUUUCUCACAAAAACCGACUCUUAUCUGCCCUCAGUGUGGAAAGAGUUUUAAACAAAAAUUACACCUCGAGGAACACAUAAGAACUCACACUGGAGAGAAGCCUUUCUUAUGCCUUCAGUGUGGCAAGACUUUCGCACACAAAGGAAACUUUCAGAACCACAUGAGAAUUCACUCUGGAGAGAGGCGAUUUGCAUGCCAUGAGUGUGGAAAACGAUUCACACACCGAGCAAACCUGACAGAUCACAUAAGAAUUCACACCGGAGAGAAGCCUUACACAUGCACUCAGUGCGGAAAGAGUUUCACACAUGCAACAAGUCUCAAAACUCAUCUGCUCGCACACUCUGGAGAACGACCGUUUAACUGCGAUCAGUGCGGUCAAAAAUUUAUGUUGGUAGCACACCUACGAAGACACGUCAAAAUUCAUACAGAUGAGAAGCCUUAUUUGUGUACUAUUUGUGGGAAGAGUUUUUUAUGGCAGUGCUAUUUUAAAGACCACCUGAAAAAACAUACUGGUGAGAAAGCUCAUGUGUGCUCUGAGUGUGGGAACGCCUAUACUAGAGCCAGUGAGUUGAUCAUGCACCAAAGAACCCAUACUGGAGAAAAACCGUACAAGUGCUCGUAUUGUGGAAAGAGUUUCAGUAUGUCUGGAAACCUGAAAAAACAUGAGAGAGUGCAUACCGGGGAGAAGCCAUACCAAUGCCUUUCAUGUGGCUGGAGUUUCACACAAUUCAGUCAUCUACUGAGGCAUUUAAAUCUGCAAAGGUGUCCAAAGUUGUCACAGUUUAUUUUCUUGCCCCAAAAUGAGCAAAGUUUCAUGCCUCAAGAUGACCAAAGUGUCUUGCCCCAAAAUGAGAAGGGUGUCUUGCCCCAAGUUGGACAAAGUUUCAUGCCCCAAGAUGAGCAAAGUGGCUUUCCCCAAGAUGAGAAAAGUGUCUUGCCCAAAGUUGAACAAAGUUUGUUGACCCAAUAUGAGCAAAGUUACUUGCCCCAAAAUAGGCAAAAUAUCUUGCCCCAAAAUGAGAAAUGCGUCUUGCCCAAAGUUGGACAAAGUUUCUUGACCCAGGAUGAGAAGAGGGUCUUGCCCCAAGAUUAGCAAAGAUGGAAUUUCUCCUGACAUGGUGUAAUUUGCUAAAAUACAUUACUUGAGUGGUGAAGAUAUUUAAGGGAUGUGAAAGUAUUGAUAUUGGUGCCACCAUUUUUGUAGAAAUGCAUUUCUUAAGUUGGCCUAGCAAAAGUACUAAAUUACUUAUAUUAUUGUGGAAUGGUUCUGUCAUCAUCUACUCUCAUGUUGCUCCAUUAGUCCAUGUCGUAUCUUUUAUUUUCUUCUGAGGAUUAUAAAAUAAGAGUAAGAGCUUAAUGUCCUAGCUUCUCUUUUCCUUAUAGUGAAAAAGGAUUGUGAUUCUGACUGUUAAGCUCCAAAGGCUUAAUAUAAAAAUGAAUAACAAACAGGUUGUACAGUAUAUUUCAAUUCUUUCAAAACCAAUAGCUUUGACAAACCUAAAUUUAAAGUGUGUAUUUUCUGUGCCAGUCGCACAAGACGAAAUUGCAAAAUUAAAAUGUUGCUAACUGUCAAAAAUUAAAUCAUUAUAAACACCUGACAUCACAAGAAAAUCGUGUUUACAUGAGAUUUUGACAUUUAUAUUUCCACCAGUUUUAAUGUAAACAAACGUGCACAUUAAAAAAGCCUCCAAAACGCGGUGUAAAGGUGCAGUCACAUUUACCUUUGCAUGAUGAAAUUCAGUGGGUGAAGAAGGCACGGGCAGUUGUUGAGUGCGUGUAAAACCAGCAAAAAUCUAAUUGCCAAGCAACUUAUUUUUAAUGCUGCACUUUAUACUCUGGGAGAGUGAAGUUUUAAAAAAAACUCUCCGCUAAAAUGAUAUUCUUGUCCACUGGGAUUAUUCAGCGUAGCUGUACACUGGCCGUCAUUACCAAACCAAGCAACUUCCUAUUGGUCAACACGGCGAAUUCGCUAGUCAAAGUUUGCCAAACUUAAACUCCACACAAAAUCCGUAAGGGGAAAUUCUUCACCACGUGGAUUCUCAUUGAGAUGACCGUAUUUCACCCUGAGGUGUUUCGCCAUGCAAAGUUAAAUGUGAUGGCGCUUUAAAGGAGUUUACAUGCAAAGCGAAAUCAAGGUUAUGAGCAAAUAUUUAAGUGUGCUAAUCUGGUUUUGCUUAAACCGUUUAUGAACUUUCCCCAAUAAAUAAACACAGUUUAAGGGAUUUGCCUGACCAAAAAAAAAAACAA